CGUCAUAUGAACCGAUUACAUGCGGAAGUAAAAUAAGGAAAACAAACGAGCCAUUAACUCGUAGUUUAGGGGCAGCGAGCGAAACUGGCCUCUGGUUCGACAGGUUAGGUAGCAAUCUCUCCUGGACAUUAAGACUGAAAAACAACAAAAAUAAAGAUGGAGUUCUUAUUUGGGCGGAGAAAGACCCCAGAGGAGAUGCUAAGACAGAAUCAGAGAGCACUGAACAGAGCCAUGAGAGAGUUAGACAGAGAGCGCCAGCGGAUGGAGCAGCAGGAAAAGAAAAUCAUAGCUGAUAUUAAGAAAAUGGCGAAACAAGGACAGAUGGACGCUGUUAAGAUCAUGGCUAAGGACUUGGUCCGCACAAGGAGAUACGUAAAGAAGUUCAUCAUGAUGAGAGCCAACAUCCAAGCAGUCAGUCUUAAAAUCCAAACCCUCAAGUCAAACAACAGCAUGGCACAAGCCAUGAAGGGGGUCACCAAAGCCAUGGCCACAAUGAACAAACAGUUAAAGUUGCCACAAAUUCAAAAGAUCAUGAUGGAGUUUGAGCGCCAAAGUGAGAUUAUGGACAUGAAGGAAGAAAUGAUGACUGAUGCAAUUGAUGAUGCAAUGGGAACUGAGGAUGAUGAAGAGGAAAGUGAUGCUGUGGUUUCCCAAGUGCUGGAUGAGUUGGGUCUGAAUCUUUCAGAUGAACUUUCAAACCUGCCACCUACUGGGGGAAGUCUUUCAACUGCUGCUGGGAAGAAAGCUGAGCCACAGGCAACUUUGGCUGAUGCAGAUGCUGACCUGGAGGAAAGACUAAAUAACCUCAAAAGAGACUGAAGGAGACAAUGUUAGGUUAAGGCUUUAGUGUGGAAACGUGCAUAAAGUUUUCUAACAGGUUGCUAUAGUGUUCAGACAGUGACAAAUGGACACUCCAGUGUUGGAUUAGUGUCUUUUUUUUGUUUCUUUGCUUUAAGCAUUCUUAUAUGAAUGCUUGUAUUCAUUUUUUCUACUGUAAAUGUGCUGUCUGAUGUUAUUCUACCAAACAAGCGCUCAAAACAAAGAUUUUACCCUUAAACAGUUUUCAGCACUUUGCUGGCACUAGCUAAGGUCUAAACACUAAGUACUACUUUGAAAAUUAUCGGCUGUUUAGUUAUUGAAAUAAACAUGAAUAAAGCUGUUAUUUUAUACAGGUGAUUUCACAGUUAUACAAUUGUGGUUUUGUUACAGCACUGUAAUUCUUCCAUGGCUGGUGGUUUGUAAGUUAAUUAUAAUGUUUAACCUCUGGUUAUUAUGACAUGAUUAGCAGAAAAUCUUUUGCUACCUUUUUUCUGAAUGUUUUACACACUCUAUAUAAUAGGCAAUUAGGUUUUAUGUAUCUAAAAUUUAAAUUCUUAAUUUUACUUAAAAUUAAGUCAAACAGACAGAUAAAUAAAGGAUUGCUGGUGUACUUUAGUAAUAUAAUGAAAUGAAAGGGGGAUGUUUUGCCUUGUUUUCUUUCUUAAUAAAUAUUUUUCACAAUUA